UCCCAUCCCAUCCCCAACUCCUUCUCUCUCUAAAACCCCCCACUCUCUCUCUCUCUCUCUCUCUAAAACCUCUCUCUCUCUCUAAAACCUCUCUCUCGUCCUAAUCAGCCAUGGCUCAUCAGAAGAGAGAGAAAGAAGAAACCGAGCUCAAGGUUUCUGAAACCUUAUCCUUAUGCUCACCUCCGAUCAAUAUCUCCGCCACAGAUGACCGUAGAUCGGAUCUGAAGAACAACGCUGACGUCAGCAACGUUAUCGUUGACUUUAGACCUAACUCCGCUUCUUCGCCGGAAAAUCCAGAUCUGUCUCGUAAACGACGCCUGGAGGCGUCGGAGCCGGUGAGCGAGAGUUCCGGCGACGGUUUCAAGCGGCAGCGCGUGGUGAAUCGGUGCUCCGGUUGCAAGAAGAAAGUCGGAUUGAUCGGAUUCACGUGUCGUUGCGGCGAGAUGUUCUGCUCCGAACACCGUUACUCCGAUCGACAUGACUGCAGUUACGACUACAAAGCCGCAGGACGUGAAGCUAUCGCUCGUGAAAAUCCAGUUGUUCGAGCUGCGAAGAUUCUCAAGGUCUAAAAACACGAUCAAUUAACAAAUUCAUAUCAUGUUUUCGCAUCUCCGAUUGUAUAAAUUUGGCGCCAAGCGUAAGAAACGGAAAACUUGUAUGAUGAAGUAUGAAGGAUUCCGGUGGGGAAGAGGAGGGGGUGGUUGUGAAAUUUGGUGAAAGUUGAGGGUGCUUGUUGUUAAUUUGAUUAACUAUGUUUAGUGGAACUUUUUUAUGAUUUAGGUUGCUGAUUAUUAUUU